CUGUUUUUAAGGUUCGGCGGCGAGGAGAACAAGUUUGUUCAUCUGAGGAACUUCAACACGAUGCUGCUGCUGUUGCUGCUGCUGUGCAACACCCUCAGUGCCGGUUCUCAGCGGGUUCCGGGCCUCAGGAAGAACGGCUCGUGUGUCUGCAGAGUGAACUCCACCAUGUGGACGUUUCCGGCCGUGAAGUUUGAGUCGGUCCUGGAGGAGGUGGACGCCUGCCAGGGUUCUCUGGAACGGAUGCAGGAACAGGUGGCGCUGUCCCGGCAGCGGCUCCCUCAGAUGGAGGCUCAGGUUGUGGAGGUGUGGAAGCGGCUGCAGCCCCACCAGUACCUGCAGCACCAGGGCCUGUACACAGAGCUGACCCUCAGACAGCUGGACCACGAGCUGCAGCAGCUGGAGACACACAUCAGGGAGCUACACAAGCAGCUGAACAACACAGACACACACACGCUGUACACACAGGUGGAUAAACUGCAUUCUGAUGUCAUCAGGAUGCAAACUUCAGACUCAGUGAACAUGAAGACUGUCAGAGAGAAACUCCGUCUCCUGAAGAACAACGUGGAGUCCUGCAAGUCCAUCCCUGCAGACUACAGAGGUGUGGACAGGUACUGCCUCAAAGGGCUGAUCCGGAGCAUCAGUGAUCCGGUCACCACUAAAGUGGUUCCCCAGGGUAAGAGCUACAUCUCUGGUUCUUGGGGCAAACAGGCCCAGAUGAGCAGCGAGGUCCAGAAGAACCUCUACUGGGUUCAGCCUCUGCUCAGCAGCCACAUCUGGACCAACAUGCUGCGGGUUUACCAGACCUACCAGGACUUCAUGUCCUCUUCUAACCACCGGGACUUCACCGUGGCCUCCUCCUACAGCGACCCCAGCACCGUGGAGGGUCCGGGCGGCGUCCUGUACGGCGAGGCGCUGUACUACCACUGCUACCGCUCUGCCGAAGUCUGCCGCUACGACCUGAACACCCGGCGGGUCCAUCGGGUGGCGCUGCCGGGCGCCGGCUUCAACAACAAGUUCCCCUACUGCUAUUACGACUGCCGGUCCAACAGCGACGUGGACGUGGAGGCGGACGAGACGGGCCUGUGGGCGCUGUACGCCACCGUGGGUAACCACGGCAACCUGGCAGCCAGCCGGCUGGUCUGGGACGCCGAGGCCGAGAGUCUGAAUGUGACGCAGACGUGGAGGACGAGGCUGUUCAAGAAGGCGGCCAGCAACGCCUUCAUGGCGUGCGGCGUGCUGUACGCCACCCGCUACGUGGACGAGCACCGCGAGGAGGUGUUCUACGCCUUCGACACGGCCACGGGCAGAGAGGACAACUCGCUGGCACUGCCGCUGGAGAAGAUCGCCAAAGGAGUGUCCAGUGUGAGCUACAACCCCACCAACAGGCAGAUCUACAUGUACAACGAUGGAUACCUGCUGGCCUACCAGGCCCACUACUGAUGAUGUCACAGCUCCGCUCUGAUGUCACAGCACUGCUCUGAUGUCACAGCACCAUUCUGAUGUCACAGCUCCGUGAUGUCAGAGCGCUGCCAGCAGGAAGCAUCACGGCACCGAUUGAAGAAUAAAUGUUAAACUUAAAGAAUAAAUGUUAACAGCUGACUUACGUUUGUUGUGACAAAACUAAAAUCUCAAUAAAACCACAAUAAUCACAUA